AUGGGUGGGAAGCUUGAGGGAAUGAAGGGCCACUUGUUUGGAGGAGUCAAGAAGUGGACAUUCUACUUCUUCCAGUUCUACUUCUUCCAGUUCUACUUCUUCCAGUUCUACUUCUUCCAGUUCUACUUCUUCCAGUUCUACUUCUUCCAGUUCUACUUCUUCCAGUUCUACUUCUUCCAGUUCUACUUCUUCCAGUUCUACUUCUUCCAGUUCUACUUCUUCCAUUCUACUUCUUCCAGUUCUACUUCUUCCAGUUCUACUUCUUCCAGUUCUACUUUCUACUUCUUCCAGUUCUACUUCUUCCAGUUCUACUUCUUCCAGUUCUACUUCUUCCAGUUCUACUUCUUCCAGUUCUACUUCUUCCAGUUCUACUUCUUCCAGUUCUACUUCUUCCAGUUCUACUUCUUCCAGUUCUACUUCUUCCAGUUCUACUUCUUCCAGUUCUACUUCUUCCAGUUCUACUUCUUCCAGUUCUACUUCUUCCAGUUCUACUUCUUCCAGUUCUACUUCUUCCAGUUCUACUUCUUCCAGUUCUACUUCUUCCAGUUCUACUUCUUCCAGUUCUACUUCUUCCAGUUCUACUUCUUCCAGUUCUACUUCUUCCAGUUCUACUUCUUCCAGUUCUACUUCUUCCAGUUCUACUUCUUCCAGUUCUACUUCUUCCAGUUCUACUUCUUCCAGUUCUACUUCUUCCAGUUCUACUUCUUCCAUUCUACUUCUUCCAGUUCUACUUCUUCCAGUUCUACUUCUUCCAGUUCUACUUCUUCCAGUUCUACUUCUUCCAGUUCUACUUCUUCCAGUUCUACUUCUUCCAGCUGGCUGGGAAUUGGACAGUGA